AUGACUCGUAAGGACGAACUGCUCACGCCACCAUCUUUUCCGUCAAAUGUGGCCGACGCACUUAAUCUCUGUGAAGUUUCUGUGAAUCCUGACAAGUAUUGUGAGUCAACCGGGGAAAUCACUACCGCCAACCCUGCCAUCCCAGGAGUGUUUGCAUGUACUUCGUCAACUGGUACUAGAACAACUUCUCACGUCGAGCAAGUGAAUUCGAGUAAUGAACAUGAUGUGGGAUACCAGUUCAAGAAUUUCAAUCCUAGCCCAUGGAUCCCUACACAGAAUGCAAGUGGUGAGACAUUGAACACACAGCUUGAGGAGGAGGAGGAGGAAAUCUUUAAGGAUGCCUCAGACGAUUACGAAGCACUUUCCUCCAUUGGCAUCCCUAGUAUUCAACCCGAGCCAGAAGGUCUUUCACAGAGCCUUGAAUCGACAGGAAUCGCGGUCAUUUCAAACAGACACCCUGAUAUGCGAGUCGCACCCGCACCGAAGCGACUAGUGCGGCCUGACCGACCCAUUGCAGAAAUGGAAGACCGGUGA